AUGCAGUUCCAGCUCACCACCAUCUUCUCCGUCCUCGCUCUCAUGAGCGGCAGCGUUAAAGUACCUGCUGCUCCAACCCCAGUUAGUGCCUUUGUCUUCAUUAAUGAGUCGCGUGAAGCUCGUUUACUAACAUUGUUUUUCGCUUCAGUCAACCCCAGCACAACAAGUUGUCUUGGAGCAAUCUCGGUAGAUGGAGCAGCUGUGGAAGGUGUUGAAUGCUUGAAGGUUUAG